AUGGCCAACUUUUUGAAACGUCGCGAUGGUCGUCCUCGUUGGAGUAAGCGAGGCAACAGGCGCAGCAAGGAGAGUCGCUUGCCGACCCGUGCCAUGAUUCAACUGUUGCGACGACGUGAGAAUCCUGCAUCCGCUGCCGCCGACGAUUCGGAUAGUAACAGUGACAUGUCGACGUUUGAUGCCACUCGCGAUUACUACCACCACAACAACAAGUCCGCCGCCGCCGACGAUGAUGAUGAUAAGCUGUAUCCCAUUCUGCAUCCCACAGCCGACGGCACUGGAUUGGAAGUCAACUUUACCACCACACCCUCCACCACCCGUGACUACACUACUCGGCGCUAUUGUUGGUGCCAGUGCCAGUGGAGCAGCCACACCGGCGCGACCCCGCAGUGCCAACAUUGUCUUUAA